AUGGAGUCGAGUCUCGAUCAAGCCCUCGACAAUGCAUUGAUAGCGCCUGAGAUCGAUGGUGUUUGCGUGAUUGACAGCAACGGCUUCUGCAUAGCUUCAAAGGGAACUCUUUCGAGUGAGGGCUCAGCUGUUUAUAAACAGAUCCUAAUGGCAGCCACUCGGAUGGAUCGAACAUCUGGUCAUCCUACAAUCACAUUAACGACGGAGAGCGGCGAGAAAAUCUUCAUUCAGGAACAAAACGGUGUUGUUGUCGCCCUAAACAUCAAAGGCAAU